UAGUUUCUGCUGUAUGGCAAGGUGAUUCAGUUUUAUGUAUACAUAUAUAAAUAAUAUAUGUGUUCUUCUUCAUCUUCUUUUCCAUUAUGGUUUAUCAGAUAUUGAAUAUAGCUCAAUAUCGUUCUCUACAGGACAUUGUUGUUUCUCCAUCCUAUAUAUGACAAUUUAAAUAAGCAUGUUCUUAAUGUCUGUCUCCUCUGCAAAGGUAGGGAUUGUGCCCAUCUUGGGCACUGCCAUACGCUUAGCAUUUAGCACACAGAAAAGGCACUCAAUGAAUAUUAAUUUUUGUGAAUGAAUGAAUGACUGUGGAGGAAUAUGAAGUUGACGUUAUUAAGAUCUCCUCCACACCAUAGAUUGACGUCUUAGUCCUACUAGUUACCAUCUUUUCUAGACCUUACACCAAUUUAGCCAAAAAGUGAAAACAGACUUAUUUGCAUUUUUAAACACUGCUAUUACUAAGAACGUUUAGGACAAUGAUACGAGAAUUAAAAUGUAUGUGGACAAUAGCUGUCCAAAUGAAGGCGAAGACAUGAGGAACAAGAAAUCAAAUGAUUUUAAGUAAUUUUAAAAACAAAGUAGAAUAGUGCCCUUAUUUUUUAGUCUCCUUUGGAAUGAUUCUACGACAGUUUCUAUAUAACUUUGAAACUUGAUGUGCUCCAACCUCUGAGAGAUCCUUUUAAAAGAUCUACUUAUUUUAUUAGGCACAUUGAGUUUGACAUGAACUGCACCCUUUGGUAUCUAAGAACCUUAACAAAGGAGAUUAGUAGCCAAAAAAGCAACUAAGUUUACAGUAGGGUUACAGAUACCAUAUCUUGUACAACAGCUUGGAAAAGGAAGUAAUGCAAAGGUCAUAUCAACAAGAAAAAAAGGAACACUAAAUAGUGGAUUUUUUUUUUUUUUUUUUAAGAAACAAAAUCCUAUGUUCUCAAUGCUUUCCUUCUUAUCUAAUAACUACAUGUGUUUGGGUAUUCAGAACAAACAGACGAGGACGCGGCAUUACUUAAGUUGGUAACUGGCACAAAAACAGGUGAACCAGGCUGUGAAACUUAAGCAUCUGGGGAGUCAGGUUCCUGAUUAGCGUUUUCAGUUUGAUGUCUAGUAUAUCCAGGAUUGUAGAAUCCCAGGCUGGCUGUGUCUGUGUGCUUUAGAGGCACAGCGAUGGAGGGUUCAAAUAAACACAUCCAACUAUCCCAACCAUUUAAAUAUAGCAACUUCAAUGCAAAGCUGUUGGAAAAACCAACAGUGUUUUUUAGGACGAGGCAAUAAUUGUACCUUUUCACAUGAAGGUAAAGGUCUCCCCGAAAAGAACAGGGCUCUAUGACCGAUGCCAAUUAUAAAUCACCCUUUGUAAUUCUGUUUAGUUACAUAGCAUUAUAGAUCCCAGGAUUUACAAUGGUAGUGCAGCCCAUGAAACCAUCUUUAGCUGGAGUUUCUCUUCUGUGUCAGCAUCCUAUUUUGAAUUAACAAUGCUCUCAGAUGAGCCGAAAAGAUGUAUUUAGCUCCCACCAUUACAAUUUCUGAUCCUCUUUACUUUAGCUCUUUUGAAAUAACAUGAAAGCUUUGGCUCGCUAAUUACUUUUAUCCAGCCCAUAGAAAAAUUAGUUUAUCUUCCUGAUCAAAGCAAAUUAGGCAGAUCAUGGCUGAUUAGAAUGCAACAGUAAAAUCGCCAUACUUUCUCUUCCAUCCCCUUUCUCUCAGAAAUAGGGCCUGUGUCAAAUAUGUAGGUAUUUCCCACGGCCAGGCCGGACUCUGUUUCCAACAGGGACUGCAGCUUGGACAAUGGUCCUUACACAGACACUAAAGUUCUUUAGUUCAGUCAUUGUGUUCGAAAAGAACUAGUCACCCCUUAGCUAGCAUUUGAUGAAACAUCUAGAUUUACAUAUUUCCUUAAUUGCAUUUUUGAAUGUGAGUGAGAUUUAUCUGACCGGAGUUAAAUGCCUCCUUUAUUCCCCUACCCAAGGCAAAUUUCAACUCCAUGCUCUUAAAAAAAGUGAGGUGGGGGUGGUGGUAGUGCCUGCAUCUUAAUUCUGAUCUGAACGAAUUUUAGGGUUUCAAUAAAGUGGGGCUAAGGGAGUUACAUUACCAAAGACAGGAAGGGUAGACCUUUACCUCUCAAAGUGGAAAUGUCAAUUUCUAAAGCUUUGGCUUACUCAGCUCUUUCCAAGAGCCUAUUUUUGAUUUUCAUAAUGAAUGUGAUUCCUUGCUGCCAAAUUCCCCAAUCAGUAGCUAAAAAGCUCCACAAUUAUUGUCCUUCGCAAUGUCUCACUAAAAUUUCUACGUGACUGUAAAAACUUGAAAGUUAGGUUUUAUUUUCUUUGUUUAUUUACUCUAAAUUAACAGUAAAUCUUGUAUUUAGCUCCAUUUAAACCUCCCUCUGCAGCUGCCCAUUUGAAAAUUAAAAUGGUUGCCUUCUUUCACUUCAGUGGGCACAAUACAAAACAUCCAUUGAGCUUUCUCUUUAUUGCAGCUGCCAAUGCCCAGCCGACUUUUAGCAAACCAACCAAGCGGAAUCACAAUGCAGCUGCAACAUUUUAUGGUAUUUCUGUUGGUUCUCUUUUGAGACUGAAGGUGUUAAUUAGGAAUCAAAGAACACAACCCUGCCAGCUUUCUUUCACAAACCAUACCCUGGUCACUGCAGUUUUCAGAAGAAAAUAAAUCUAAUAAAGGGAUAAAAAUGUUGUUUGUCACACCAGUAAAGUGUACUUAAGACCCUUUGAUCAAAAGCUUUUUAUGUAGUCUUGUCAGAUGGGCUGGAAAUAUGGUAUUUUUCCCUUUUCUCUCCCUUCUUUAUGUAGACUUCUCUGAAUUUUGUAUUUAAUUUAAGACUGUCUGGAAGAAGAAAAGGACAAGCAUGGUCAUAUGGAAGAUUCUUUCUAGGUGAUAACUGGUCUCAAAGGGUAGAAUCCUUUUGCUUCUUAGAAAAUUAUUCAUAUUCAACAGUCCAUCAUGUUACAGCUAUGCAAAACACCGGGCCUUGUAUUAGCAUAUAUACGAUAUUUUAACUAUAGGUUCUCAUGCUUACACUUUACAUAAGCACCUGUCAAUACCCUAUUUGGCAUAAUGAUUAUUGCAUGAAUCUUAGAGUUUUAAAAGAUCCUUUUUUACAUACACAGAAUUGAAUACUUUCAUAAGCAUAAAAAUCAUACUUAUAUGUAUAUAUAUAUAUAUAUGCACACCUGCAAACAUAUAUAAUGUUAAUUUAUCAAACAGCUUGUCAUGUUGUAUAGGUUUUUUUAUGCCUCUUGAGUAUCAUGCAUUCGAAUGUAACAGCGUGAAGUCAUUACCUUUAAUCUUCAGUCAAAGUUAAAAGCUUAAAGUAAGUUUAUGAAGUUAGCACUGCUGGGAAUUAGUCAAGCCUGCUAGCUUUCUCAGCACGAGGUUUUGCUGCUAGAUGCACAAAUCAUGCCAAAAUCCAUUAAUCCUGCUUGAGAGAGGCAGAAAGAAGGUCUGCUUGUUGAUUUAAUGUUAAUGAAAUGAAUGGGCUCCUGAGGCUACCUACAGAGGCCCUCUAAACUGUAAAACAAAUAAAGUCAUUUUAAGUAAUGCUCACUGAGGAGAGUAAACAAUGCUCCCAGAUUUGCUGCACAAAAUGGCUUUGACUGCGGGUGUGUAGAAACCUCCCAUUUUCUGAAAUCCUGCCACACCUGCCCUAGUACAAUACCCACACAUGUCAAGCUGAUGGACUCAUAGAAUGAUUGCGUUAGGAGAGAUCUCAGAGCAUGUGCUCACUUCUUUUCCUUUACAGAUGCGAACACUGAGGCAGGGAGGUGCCGCCUCUCACCGAGGUUCUGUGGCUGGAGCAUGAAAUGCAUCAUCUGUGGAAAUGAAGGUGUUGGAUUAGGUGAUUUCCAAGGCCUCUUCUAUUUUAAAUCCUACAGAGCAUGAGUUCCAUGGGUGUAACUGAGCACAUAGUUGGCAUCUACAAUGACUGAAUAAAACUAUGGUUUGAAGCUGACUGAUCUGGGAAUAGAAGAGCUGUAAUAGGUUGGAACUCAUGGGUAAAAAUUUAACAAAUGAAAUUCUACUAAGACAUCAAAAAUAGCAACCGGACUAAAUUAUCAGCUUGUUUUCUUCGGUAAGUAAUAUAUUUGUUGUGGCUCUAACACCCGUCUGAUUCAUCUUUCUACUACAAAAUGAGACUCUAUAAAGGCAAACAUUGCAACAGGACUGAAUCUCAUAGGAAGGAAUUUGCCUUCUCAUGAAGAAUUCAAUUUACCAGAAAUAUCCACUUGUGGGGUGUUUACAAGGAAAUGUGCCAUUUAGCAUUAUUCUAAAUUUAUAUUAAAAAAAACUGAACAAAACCAAAAGAAUUACUUCACAAAGUUGCUCAAUGCAGAGCUCACUACUGUUUUUCAUUUCUGUCUUAUGGCAUAUGAUUGGUUUAAUUGGAAACAUGCUUAAAAUCUAUAAAGUGACUUAAAUGCCUGAAUUCAAUAGAAGAUAUAUAAAAUAUAAUAUCUACUUACUAAAGUAAGUAGAUAUUAUAUAUCAGUUAUAAACUAUAAAUAUUUUUCAAUGUCUUCAAUUUUGUGAUAGUUAAUUGUUGACUUGGAUAUUAUAUCUAUGCCUUUGACAGUUACAUGUUUUGGAAAUUAAAAACAAUCAAAUAGUUCAGUUAAAAACUUGACUUUGAGAAAUUAUAGACUAGUUUUGGGUUUCUGAACUUUAGAAAGCACAUCCCAGUGCAAAUGCUUUCAUUAUUAAAAUACAAUUUUACUUAACUAUAAAAGUCGUUUUUUAUUACAAUCUUCUAACUCAUUAGUGAUCUGAUCAGCUAGAACUCCGUUACUUUAGAGAAAACACAUAAAGACAGAAAAUGAUUGAAUAUCUGAUUGAAAAUCAUGCUUAUUAGGUGUAAAAAUUCAUUGUCACACAAACUCUGCCAUGCACAUGUUGAACAUAUUCAGUGAAAUAUUUAUUCUAAAUCUGCACUAAAAUAUUGUGUGAAUAAGAACCACUACUUUAAAAAAAAGUCACUCAAACAAAUUCAAUCAAUUAGUUUCAGUAAUUGCUCUCAUAGUAAAAAUACUACUAAGAAAAUUCCGGGGUCCUGAAGAAAAAUAAAGAACUUCAUUAAAAUGCAGAAAAGUCAUUGAUCUGAUUAUAUUUUAAACGAAUUUUGAAAGUAGGUUGUAGAGCAAAUUGUGUAAAUUUUGCAACUGACCUAAACUUGAAGACUCUCAUAACAGCUAAGUCUUUGUAACCAUCUCUAAAGUGCAAAUUUUUCCUUUAUUUAAGGUAGUUUUCUUUGCUUGAACGGAAGUAGAAAGAUAUUAAAUGAUUUUCAAAGAAGAUACUAAAAAUGUUCUUUAAUUUUAAAACUGUAUCUGAAAUGCUUAGGACACAUAUAUGACAUCAGGGCUGUCCUUAACUAGUUAUGAUUGAGGUUUUUGAGUGGUUCUUACUAAAAUUAGUUUUACUAAUUAUGUGUAAAAUUAAGUUUUGUUACAAAGUUACAUAUGGAAAAGUAACAAAAUUAUGUAAAAUUAAAAAAAAAAUCUCUCUCCUGGUUCUUUUGGUUCAUCAAAUUUGCCUGUGGAUGAAAUAUUCUUGUCUUUAAGCAACAGCAAGGGAAAACUCAGCUUUUGUUUAAAAAUAAAAUGGCUGUUCUAGAUCAAUAAAGAAAAGUAUGUUUACUAUAGUAGGGUGUUCAUUAGGAUUUAGUUUUCUAUUUCAGUGCCACACUAACUGGAUGACAGACACAUCGAAGUAGGACAGGGAGCUUACUUUUAAGACUCGGUUAGCAAAAAUGUCCACAUGUGAUGCAUUAAAACAAUAAUAAGAUUAGAUGCUAGAACUAGUUUAUUUCUGACAGAUCACUACUGGUAGGUUGAGAUGUAUUAAACAUUGAAAACAAUUAUUGUCUGCUUUUAUGUCUUAACCUUUGUGUGUUCCUUAUUUUCUGCUGAGUGAGCUUUAUUAGCCCCUGUUGUAAAAUCAGAGCCCAUAAUCACCGGAAGAGACAGAGAAGAUUAAGUUUGAAAAUUUCCAGUGUUUCUACCACGCAUGUUCAGUGGUCCAAUUACAGAUCCACUGGAGAAUGCAGUUCAGUAAGAAACGAGAGUUAAUGUUUGGACUGGCUUAAGAUUUAGUUGUUUCUGGGGAAGAAAGAUUAUAAUACUGUAUAUAAAUAGCCCUAGCCUUCCAGAAGAGAUUAAGGAAACUUUCUUUACCUACGAGGUAGACUAGCCAGUUAUCAGAUUGUGACAAAUCUAUUUGCCAAAUGUGUACAGCUGGAACUUACCAUCAUCAAUCUGUUUGAAGAAAAUGAAAUGCUUGUUCUUUUGUGGGGAGGGGAGGAAGAUUAGCAGAUAACAUUUUGACUCAAAAAAAUGGUGAUAACCUACAACAAACAAUAAAAGAUAGUAGUCUGGCCCUUCACCCACAUCAGCCUUUGCACACUGCAACUUUCUCAUCACAGCUUAAUUAUCACUGGACCCCAGUGGAGCAGGGCUGUAACUUAGUGUUCCCUUUCAAGAGCAAAAGGAAGUUAUCUCUUAAAAUAAGAAAACCAGUGAAACACAUGCUUACUUUUUUGAAUACGAGUAAAUAAAGAUUUCUCUUUCAAGUUAUGAGUGCACAAGUGAAGGAAAAAUGGUCAAUGGUUAAUUCUAGGUGUAACCGAAAGAGGGCACCAUCUACCCUUAAUGUUCGCACAGAGCUUCUGAGGUUGUCCUAACAAAACUCCCAAAGCCUCAAACCCCUCAACCCACCAAGGAAGAGCACCCGGUGGCCUCUGGAAUUUUGUCCUCUAGAAGGAGACGAAAAUCUGAAAUCACACAUCAUGAAGAAAAUCAGUCUGGUUAUCGACUUUAGGACUAAUUUCGAUAUUUAGCACUCAUAUUUUCUGAAACGUUAAUCAUCAGAUGCAAGUAUUUGACAUAUACCGUGACACUUUUCAUAGACACUCUGAGUUUAAUAUUUUAUAGGACACUGAGAAAAUGUUCCCUUAGUCCAGGAUACAGGCUGUCAUCAAACAACACAAGAAAAAGAGGAUAAUUAACUUCCUAAUGGUAUCUUAACUCCAAGGGGUUAUCUAAAAUGAUGGAUAGAAAACAGUGGCAGAAAGACCUCCAGAGUACAUGGAGGACACAGUUAAAUAAAUUUGAGAUAUGUGGGAAACGAUGUGAAGCAAUAUUUUAUGCCAACUUUUAGUAACAGAAGCCUAACAAAUGUUCGUUCUUUUGAGUGAGAGACAAAAGAGUCCUGACAUUUAUUUUCUGUAUCCUUAAACAAGUUUUAUAACAAGCGUAUGAUUUCAAUAGUUAGGGAAGCGUCUGGGGGCUCUGCACCACUUCCCUUGUCUAUGGCCAAUUUCUUCAGGGUGAGGAGGAAGAAUGUUCUAGGUUCUGAAGUGCAGCUGCCCAACUGCUCUCAGAAAUUCACGAUGCGGGAGAACAUAUGAUUCUUGAAACACUGCCUUUAGCAGUUAAACACAGAGACCAGGGGUGAGUAUCUGACUUUGUAAUACAGGCAGCUGUUUAGAAGGAGGAAAUGUGAAUUCUUACAGAAUGAUCACUUAGGGGAGCAGAUUUCCAUCACUGUAAAAAUAGCACAGACACCAUGUAAUAAGUGCCAUUAAAGGGGAACUCAGUGGGGGAAUAGAUCAGGAAAGCAGCCCAAAUAGUCUUCUGGUAGGUGAGGUGGGGACUGCCAUCUAUAAUACUAAAAUCUAGUAGGAUCAUCCCUCUCUUUCAAAGCAAAAUCAAAGCAAGUAUAAAAGAAUUUUUUUCCCUUCCUCACUGUCUGGAGAAAAAGAAUCACUAUCUGGUGUAAAGCGUUGUGCAAGCCUCUUCAUGUUUCUUCUCUCCACAGAACAACUAAACAGAGGAACGGCUGAGUUCACAAACAUCCCAACUAGCGCCUGCCAAGGUACAUCAGAGAAGCCGAAACUGGGAUUGCGAGCGUUUGGGGUGGGCUCGCCACAGGGCCUCUAGUUAAAAUCUAAACGCAUGACCUUGUGGUCGCAAGCGCCCCUUUUCCCGAGUGGCCCCGACCCCUGGUCUCUCUGCCCAAAGGAAGCGAGCCCCAGAUCCUUCAUAGGGAGAAAGAGUCGUUAUCUCGGUUCCCAAGAGUCAGGUUCUUCCUGGGUCACCUCAUCCACCCAACCACCUGUUACCCUCCGGGCCUGGAUUUUCCAGAGACAGAAUUACGAAAGGAGCCGCUGCCUCGUCUCCACGGUUGGGGCUUUGGAGGCUGUGGUGGGGGGAAAAGGGGUGGGACGAUCCCCGAGGGAUGACAGAGAGCUUCAAGUCUCCACUUGGGUGUUGGCGCCGCUGUUUACCCGCCCCGCCGCCUUCAGCCCACUUCCCUUUCCUCUCUGGGAGGAGGAGGAGAUGGUUAAAGAUUACACCGCGGCCGCGGGCACUUCAAAGGGCGGCUCGGGCAGCCAAAGCAAUUCACUAUUCGGAGUGGAGAAUGGGUAAAGCUAUCGUUUGAGCUCCCUCUGCUGGUAGUGAGUGAUGUUUUUAGCAGAAGACAGAUGAAGAGAGUACAGUUUCGUAUCACUGAAAGGAUGAAGCACCUUGAUCUUCGCUGCUACAUGCCUGGUGGUAAAGAUUUGCUUGAGAAGCCUGUCGUGCUCUCCCCAGACACCUCAAUUAGGCACUUGAAUGACACCCCCUCCCCCGCUGGCAAGAGGAGCCUAUUUUAAGGAGAGGAUUUUCUGAUCAGCCUUCCUCUUGUGGUAGAUGGCUUGAUGAGUGCAUUUCUCAAGAUAAACUGAGAAGGUGACACUCUGGCUCUUGUGAGAUAAUUUAAGGCAAAUUACUCCAGAGCAAUCGCAGGACAGCCCUAGAAGGAAGUUAAACUCAGAGCAUCUGGAUUCCUGAUCCUUUUCCGACAUGGCAGGUGCCUGUAUAAAAUAUUCUGUGUUGAUCUUCAACUUGGUGUUCUUGGUCUUUGGUGCUGCGAUCCUGGCGGUAGCAAUUUGGCUGAGAGAAAACAAAGAUAGUCAUGAGAUUCUUGGUAUUGGGGACUUGAACAUUAACCCCUCUAUUUCUAUGAAUAUCUUGAUUGCUGUGGGUGCUAUUAUCAUGAUGCUGAGUAUCCUGGGAUGCUGUAGUACCACGCAAAAAAACCGCUUCAUGAUGAUUUUGUUUUUCAUAGGAUUGCUUCUGAUGCUACUCCUGCAGAUGGUGGCAGGUUUUCUAGGAGUUACUCACAAAUCUAAGAUUGAACAUGCUAUGAAUGAGUCUCUCCCUGGUAAUUUAAAUCUUUUGACUUCCACAGAUGAAAGAGGAAAAACAUUCCAAAAAGCUCUUUUUAAAAAGCAAGACAAGUUAAAGUGCUGUGGUUUGGUCAAUGGAGCUUCUGAUUGGGGAAAUAAUUUUAAAUACUUUUCCACAUCAUGUGAAUGUCCAAGUGCAUCAGAUUCUUCUUGUACAAGUUAUAAUGGAAAAACUAUUUACAAACAGCCAUGCUUUUCUUUGAUAAGCAACUUAGUUUCGAAAGGUUUCUCCAUAGUCAUUGGACUAGCAUUUGGAGUGGCAGCUGUUGAGAUGCUUGGCCUGUUACUUUAUGUUGUCCUAUACUGCCAGACUAGGAAGACAUAAAUCUGUGGAUGUGUCAAGUCAUCAUCAGUCAAACCCUGUGAAAAUUUUGCCUUGGAUUUGUAACUUUAAAUAUAUGAGUACUGUCUUAGGAGCAGCUGUCCUAUUUAAAUGUGUCAUUUAACUGGAUUAUAGAUAUCUUCCAGCCGUAUUGAACAUAUUUAAGAUUUCAGGGACACAAGGAAAUACAUGAAUGUGCAUUUUUCCCUCAAAACAGAAGUAACAUUGUUGACACUGGAGCUUUUUCCUGUCUGAUCACUGCACUCAGGUGGUACUGUGCUUAAAACGUUCGUCUGGAGCCACCCAGUGGAGUAAUAAUCUUCAUCUCUAAGUAACAGGGCCAUAGUUAGAUACUCUAGGCUUUUCAUCACUCUCUUUAUGUGAUGGAUCAACCACUGGUGGUAAGAUUGAAUUAAGCCUUUUGUUGGAAGACUGAGAGUAGCCCAGUUAAAUGAGUCACCAUCACAUGUCUAUUUACACCCAUGUCUCCUAAUGAUAGCUCUUUUUCUCUCUGUUGUGAGGACAAGAAGAUCUGAAUGCUAUCUUUCCAGCCACUGAAUCUCUGGUAAUCUCUGGAUCUUCCUCUGGGACAUUGCUGGGAGGAAACCAGAGCCUCAUGAGAUUGCAUUUUCUUGGGUCACACAGCUGCUGGUCUUCCACCUGGCUACUGAGAGAGGAUCCUCUCUGACCAGUUAGAACAUUGCAUGGUGAUGGGUUCAGAGAUGGGCCCAGUACUCAAGCCAGUCCUAUGAAAGAUCUCUCUGGCCUGACUGUGCUUAAUCGUGGUGUCCAUUUCCUGUGCUACUGCCCAGCUUUGGCGCCAGUCACCUAUUCAUCUCCAAUCAAGAGGCAUCAUCUGGAGUUCCCGUCGUGGCGCAGUGGUUAACAAAUCCGACCAGGAACCAUGAGGUUGCAGGUCUGUUGAUUGAUUAAUCCAUGAAAAUCAUCACUUAUUAAACACCUAGUAUUCACCAGGCACUUUUCUGCAGACUUGGGUUAGACCAGUAAACAAAGUAGACAAAAAUUCCUGUUCUCCUGGAGUAUUCAAGUCAAGGGAGGCAGACAGUAAGUAAUAUAAAUCUCACUGGGGUGCUCUCUCCCUUACCUGCAGGUUACUUCUUGCUGCUCUAAGUAACUUGCAGGUCUGUGGGUCUCUGGAUCUCAGGCUCUCAACUUUCUGUCUUUGACUAACAUCCAUCAGUUGGUGUUCCUAUAGCAGAAUUACUGGGAAUCCUGAAUUUAUAACCUUUCAGGAAUAGAAUGGGAGGAAAUAGAUGCAGCCCUCAUGUUCCACCACAGAACAACCGAUUCUUAUCAGCGCAUCAUGUCCUGUUUCUAAACCUCCUUUUAAAAUAAUGGUGAUUUUUCCAUGCAAGGGUCCCAUGCAACUUGAAUUCUGUGACCAUCCCUCUCUUGUUCUGUCUCACAUGGCUGCAUAUGUCUAACUUUCAGAUACGUAUAGAGCCCUUGUUCUUCCCAUGACAUACUUUAGCACAAUUAAAAUCUUAGAAUUCUGUUAGAUACUGGUAAUGGCAUCAUCUAAAUUCAUACAAGGCGUGUCUGAGCCUCAGCUUUGUCCCAACUGUCAAUGAUAUGCAAUCAGUAGUGAGUGUCUUCUAUAAAUUGCCUGUGUCUAGGAGUUCCUUUUUCCUUUUCAAACUUAUUCUGAGUUGGCAAACCAUAUUAUUAAUGUUGUUAAACUUCUGUUUAUUUUGUUUUGUUUUGUUUUAUUUUUUGCUUUGCU